AUGGUCAUCGCAAACAACAACAACAACAACAACUCUGAUCAACCUCCUCCUCCUCCAAGAGGUACCCGAACACUCUCCAAUAAUCUCCUAAACAACAAUUGCAAUCAAUCAAUUACGACUACAACAACAAAAUCAAAUACAUCAUCAGAUACAUCAUCAUCAGAUACCUCUCCUACGACAACAACGACAACAACGACCACUUCACCUGUCAUGACAAAUGUUCUCACCACCAAUCAUUCAACUCCUCCACCUCCACGAGCAAACAAACUUGGUUUAUUGUUCUCUCGAUUGCAAGAUCAAAAUUUCACACUUCAUCAUUUACAUUUGACACGAGCGGAUCUUGCCUUGUCAGAACAUUUGAAAAAAUUGGACUUGAAAUGUGUGAGACAUGUUUUACAGUUUUAUGAUUUUUCAGUUUUUAGAAAUGUGGUCUUGCCCAUUGCCUGUCAGUUGCCAAUGGAUAUGAUUUGUGGUCAACCUGUGUAUAAGCAUUCUGAAUAUUCUGCGUUGAGUGGUGGUAUUCAACCAUUGCAAAAUGUUGGUCAAUUAAUGGAUCACUACAUGAUUUAUCCAUCCACUCAUUUACCGGAUUUGUUAAUUCCAAGUGCAAAGAAAGAUUUGAGUAUUGAAUCCAUUUACAAUGCAGAACAUUUGAGAGAAAAAUCUGAAUUUGAUUAUUUAUUUGAAAGACCUGUCACAACAGAUCAAAGAUGUCACAUUUUGUCGACUAAACAUAUGGAUCAAAGAUUAGUGAACUUGGUGAAUAUCGACACACCUUUCGAUUACCAAAUGAGAUUGUUCAAAGAACAAGGACUUGUGAAUCGAUUGGAUAUUUAUGGAAAGAGUUUGAAAGCCAUGAUCACGUCCAUUAAUUCACAAAGAAGAACUGAACAACAACAACAAGGUCGAACAUUUUCUAAAUCUCCUUCGAAUGGUAAUCUUCCUGUUACCCGAUCUGGAUCAAGCUCAAAUUUACUCCAAUCUCCACUUUCUGUUCAAAAGUUUCAAUCCACAACCACAGAUAGUCCAAAAUCAUCUCUCUUCUCUACACCCACAACAGCAACAACGAAUAUCUUUUCUCCACCAUCAGAUCACACUGCCGAAUACUACGAUGAGUAUCAUCAUGCAGUUCAGGGCAUGAGAGACAAUGAUUUCCAAUCGGACUUUGACAUUAAUACCAUUGAGGAAGUGCAAAUGUACUUGUACCAAUUGAGAAAAAUGUUUUUCAUUUCAUCUCUUAUUAAGAAUUUGUAUGGAGCAAAAAAGAGUUCAAGCAAUAACUCCACUACUCAUUCCACACAAAGUACUUUCAAAGAUUCAAAGAAAGAAAAUGUCACAGAAAAGAGAGAUGUUGGACUUGUAUUUCCAACACUUUCCUUGUCCACCAUGAGUCACAACUCGGAGCAACAUAUUGUGAUUGAUUUGUUGAGCACUGUACCACAUUUAAUUUCACUUUCACGUGUUCCAACCUAUGGAAUGGAACAAUUCAUGCGAAGAGAAUUAUUUUUCAAGAGUGUUCAGAAUAUUCACAGAAGUUGCAUUGAUUGGAGACUUUUACCACAGCAAGUUCGGGAAGGAACAUUUGACGGACAGCUUUCUUGGAAGAAGAUGGAUUAUUUUGAAAACUUUAGUAAUGAAACAUGUUCCUUACUUGCCAAAAAGUGCAACAACCUUGUGGAUUUGACCGUUUCUGGAACUGUAUUUUUAGAUACUAAGGUACAAAAGGAUGUGAAUAUGUCACAAAUUCCUCCAUCUCGUGUUUUUAACGAGAGUGGCCUCUUAGAAGUUGUACAACAUUGCAAGAACUUGCAAAGAAUAACUUUCAGAAUGGGUAAAUGGGAUCCAAAGGCUACCAAUCAACUAUUGGCAAAGGGUGUACUUCCACAUUUGAACCUGUUAGAUGUUCCUGGUUCAAAUUUUGAUGAGUCAACAUUUAAGGCCAUUGCUGCAAAUAAUUCCUUGAAACAUUUGGUCAUUUCAAACUGUGAAGUUUGCAACGAUCAGAACUUGAAACAACUUUACGGUCAUUCAACCAUUCAGAAAUUAGUUCUUCAAAACUGUCAAGCCAUUCAAAAUGGAUUGUAUGGAUUGGUUGAAGCCAAUGCCAGUGCGUUGACACAUUUGGAAUUGAUCAAUUUACAUAAUGUCAAUGAUGGAUUCUUGGAAGCUUUCACCAAGAACAAGUCCAUUACAACAUUGAUGAUUAAUCACUGCAGAACUAUUACUACACAAAAUGUAGCAAUUUUAGCAAAGACUCAACACUCGAUCAAUCAUCUCAUGAUUAGAGGAACCACUGACAGUAUUAACUUGUCAUCGAUCGGUAGCUCAAUGAUUGCCUCCCAAUUACAAGUUUUAGAUUUAUCCAAAACUUCAUUCCCUUAUACUCAAAUUUUGAAAUCUGAAGGUCCAGUCACUGCCUUCCAACCUGUUUAUUAUCCUGUGGUUCCAGUUUCUACAGAAGAUUACAAACAAAUUGUCAACUCAUGCAGACAAUUAAGAAUUUUACGAUUGGAUUGUAAUCACAAUGUUGAUGAUAGUGUCAUUCAAUUACUUUCAGAACAAACUCAUCCAAACUUGGAAGAAUUAACAUUGGAAAAAACAAGCGUGACUGUGAAAGGUAUCAAUCAUUUGUGUGCUCACUUUUCAUCUCCAGCCUCCAAUUUACAAACUCUCAAUUUAAGAAUUAGAACCUUUGGUGAAAUGAACAUGUUAGAUCAAAUUCACAAACUUCCAAAAUUGAGAGAAAUUCAUCUUGGACUUGUUCGUUCACACACCAUUGCAUUGCAUUAUGUCAAAAAACUUUCACAAUGCAAUUCAUUGGACACCAUCUAUGUAGAAUUUGAUUCACUGGAAGCUAAGCACAAACUAGUUGAAAACAACAAGAUUAAGAAUAUAUUCUUUGAACUUUAA